AGCACGUCCUACUUGACAGCUUCCAUAAACGUCACAUAAAUUAUUAUAUGUCAAAAGUGUCAAAGGUUGAAUUAGGCUAGGCGACAAGUUUUUGACUUUUAUUUAACUCAGAGAUUAAUUAAAAUCUGAUUGCAACACCGUGAAAAAUGAUUCGGUUCAUACUAAUACAGAAUAGAGCUGGAAAAACACGAUUAGCAAAAUGGUAUAUGAAUUUCGAUGACGACGAAAAGCAAAAACUUAUUGAAGAAGUACAUGCUGUCGUAACAGUCAGAGAUGCAAAGCACACGAAUUUUGUGGAGUUUCGCAAUUUCAAGAUAGUCUACCGCCGAUACGCUGGCCUGUAUUUCUGCAUAUGCGUGGACGUGAACGACAAUAACCUGUAUUACCUUGAAGCUAUCCACAAUUUCGUCGAAGUGCUCAACGAAUACUUCCAUAACGUUUGUGAGUUAGAUCUUGUCUUCAAUUUUUACAAGGUGUACACGGUUGUAGACGAAAUGUUUUUGGCGGGUGAAAUCAGGGAAACUUCGCAAACGAAGGUUCUCAAACAGUUACUGACACUGAACUCAUUAGAAUAAUGCAUCGCGAUCAUUGUUAGAUAAAUUACAGUGUUUUGUUGUACGAUUUAAAAGUCUUUGUCUGGUAGGAUACUUGUGGUGUACAGUGACAUUCAGACUACCUUGCGAUGGUGGAAAGCUAGAAAAGUCAGCGAUUCCAACGUUUAAAUACGACUGUUACUUCUAGGACAUAUUUGAUGCAUGUGUUGUCAUAUUUACUUCAGGCAUUGUCGUAAAAUAUCACUCAGUAAACCACAGGGGUAUUACAUAUCUUGAAAAGUGACGUUGACUUUUUUGACAUUAGGUUUUUGUGACAUAAGGUAUAUUCUUUAAUUCACCGGUUGAGCUACCGGUGCAACCGGUUAGCCAAUUUUGUGUCCCUUAAUUUCCGCUGGAACGACCGGUUGUACAUCAAACUUGUAUUUAUAUUGAUGGUGGAUAUACCACCGGUGCCAACAGAAUCCACCGACGUUCGGGCUCGGUUGAUACACGAUAUUCUAACCUCUACAUUUUAUCAGUUUUUGACAACUACAGUUUUGUGUGAAAAAAUGGAAGAAGAAAAGAUUGAAGUUAUCUACAGCAUAGAAGUCGCGUGAAGUUUAAUGUUUUUUUUAACACAAUUCGAAAUAAACAGCAUCUAAAAGCAAGUGAUUUUGUUUUGAAUUAUGCAUAUCUACGAUCUCAAAUCUAACCUCAUCAGUCUAAAAAUGUCGAUUUUCUGGUUUUGUUCUGUUUUUAUUCCUGUAUGCAUACAGGAAGUCCUAAAAUGUCGAUUUAUGCAUACAGGAAUCAAAACAGAACAUCGUCAUUUUUCGGACUUACGAGGUAUUGAUUUGAGACCGUCGAUAUCGAAAUUUCUUGGUUUUCUGAUUUAUAGUUCUUAUAUUGAUUCUCGGAGCACACAUUCUCUCCGCUGGAUAACUUCUUCAUCCGAAUUAUCACUCGAAUCGCUUAACAAACGUUCCACGACAAUACCAACUGCUGCUUACAUUGAUAUAAUGAUUUUAAAUGAUACGGUGUUCAAAUUAACAAGUAUCUAUUCACGAUAAAAUAAAGGUUAGGUUUUCUCAUAUGACAGCAACCUGAAGGCUAAAAAUGCGUCUUUUUAUUAACCACCAUUCAACGGAACCGGUUGCUGACGUCAUCACAUCAGCUGUCAACCAUAAGUUCACCGGAUCCAUCAGUCAUGGAAUCAACCGGUGAAUUAAAGAAUAUACCUAUGAUGUACUAUCAGAUUUCAACUUGGAACUAGCUGUUGUUUACUUGAUGUGCACUCGUUUAGCUGAACGUGCUGCCUAAACGUCAUGACGCUUUAGCUAUCAUGGAUUGACUCUGAUGUGAUGCAACAUCUGCUUCAGAGAUGGCAUUAUUGAAGGUCGAAGCUGUAAGUUGUAUAUUAUAUCUGGAAGGACGGGCGAAUCGGCAGUGCAUAGACGCAUAGUGAGGAUUUGUGUGCUAAUAAUUUGUGUUGAAGAUUCUUAUCUCAAAUAUACUUACUUGAGAUGUAUGCUUCAUCCUGGAAAUUACAUAUGCAAAUUUGCUGAAUUUAAAAAUAAAAAUCGCUGGUAAGUGAAGUAUAUUACUACAAACAAUUGAAAAAAUAGGCUCCAUACAGCAAUAUUUAUGAAAAUUGUCAUUUAAAUUUUGUAGAAUUUUAUUUCAUGAUGUCAAGCAGAAAACAAAGCAGCCCAUAGAUGUGAGGCACUGCGAAAAUGUCUUGUGUGUGAUGCUUCAUUCCUAAUAUUUUCUGCAAUGUGGCUUAAUUACACACAACGUGGGCGCGGUGGUGAUUUUUCAAAGUUUUUGAAAACGCAAAAGACAGGACGAUUCAAGUAAUCCGUCAGGUACAGCUAACAUAACAUACACUAUAAUUUUCUCACGCAGCAAAUAUCACUGAUUUUAUAAACAUGCAGACCUAUACUCGCUAUCACCACAUAAUCAUCUAGAUGCGAUCUUGCUACUCUGAUGCUCAACCAAUUUUCUUUCUGUCACAUCUUCUCAGUGAGAACAACAGCGGAAUGAACUAUUCGCACACUAGGGGCUAUCUAGUCAGCAAGUUGACAUUUUGUCGGAUUUUUGACAUUAUAGGUAUUUUACGUAAUAACCCUGCGCACGGCUAUUAUGUAAAAAACCUAUGAAACGUCAAAAAAAACAUAAAACGACAUCUUGCAGACUAGGUAGUUUUUAGGGUGCAAAUAGUUCAUUCCACGUUUACUCGCUAUGAUCGCUGUGAGCGUCCAUCUAAGGAAGAAUGACUCAACUAUACGCAUUGUUGGUUGCAGAAAUCAACUAUAUGUUUUCUGAAGGCGAGUAGUCUGUAGUGUUCAUCUCUGAGAUGUGAAAGAAAGAAAGUUGGUUGAAUAGCAAGAGCGCACUGGAUGAUUAUGUGUAUUGGUCUGUACAUGUAUAAAAUCAGUGAUAUUUGCUGUGUGAGAACAUUAUUACUGAAUAUGCUGCCAAUGAAGUAUAUCUAUUAAGCUGUGCCCGACGGGUUAUUUAUAUGUUGUCCUUUCUCAAAAACUUUGAGGGAAAUCGCCACUGCGCCCGCGUUGUGUGCAAUUAAGCCACAUCACAUAAAAAUUAGGAAUGACGCAUCAUACAUCAAAUAUUUUGCAAUGCCUCGCAUCUAGACGCUGAUUUGUAUUUUCAAUUGGCAUCGCAAAAUAAAUUUCUAUAAAAUUUAAAUGACUGGAAAUAAAAAAUAAUGUAAUAACCUUUUCACUUUCAUAAAUAGUCCUGUGUGUAGCAUAUUUUCUUUUCUUAUCUCUCUCGUUUUUUGAAUUCAGGAAAUUUGCAUAUACAUAUGUAAUUUCCAGAAUGAAUAAGAAAAAGUGGAGGCGCAACGAAUUUCUAGCAUUGAAUCUCAAGUAAGUGUAUUUGACACAAGAAAUCAAUGCAAUUAUCAUCAACACAUAUUAUUAGCACACAAUUCCUCACACUAUCCACCUAUGCACUGCCGUUGCCUUCUAGCUAUAGUAUACCACUUAUAGCUUAGACCUCCUAUACUGCCAUCUCUGAAGCAGAUUUUACAUCACAUUAGAGCCAAAUAUUGAUAACUGAAGCAUCAUGACGUUUAGGCAACACGUACAACUACAAAACGAGUUCACUUGUCUCAAUCAGCUAGUGCUGAGUUAAUAUCUUAUAGAAAACCCUAGAGAUGUCACAAAAAAACCGACAUAAUGUCACUUUUGAAGAUACGUAAAGCCCGUGCGUUUCACGCUUGUCAAUUCAAGCAAAUCUAUGACUGCAAAAAAGGGAGCAAUGAUUGCCCCUUUCUAAUUUAUCCUGACUGCACGGACGCUAAAUGCACGACAUUGACAAUGCGUUGUAAGGCACUCUUCCACCAAAAGUAGCCCGAUACAACCCAAUUUUCUCUCAAUUUGAAAAAGCCAAUAAGUAUGACUUAUACUAGGAAUGCAUAAUUUAAAUUAUUCUUAAAAACCUUGACUGGAAGAGAAGCGUAUAGGUAACUUAUUUCACAAAUAAAAGUUCCCGACCUAGCAAAGAUACAAGACAUUUUUUCUGAGUUUUUUUAUAUUUCUCAACAAAGUCUCCUUGUAACUACAUAUUUCUCCCAGCGAUGAUUUCAUCUCUGUAACCCGUCCAAAUAGUGCUCGGCGUUUUUCUCUGCAAAAUAAUUCUUCACGAAAGUGGUUGCCUCUUCAUUUGAUGUCAGUCUCUGUCCUCCAAGCGCAAUUGUUAGAUUAGGUAACAAAAAUAAGUCGCUUGGGGCUAGAUCUGGUGAGUGAGGUGGUUGGUCAAGCAGUUCAAACCGUAAUUCGUGGAUUUUCGCCAUGGCAACCGCUAAGGUGUGAGACGGUGCAUUGUCUUGGUGAAACAGAAUUUUAUUUUUCAGCAAAUGUGGCCAUUUGCAACAUCUGCCUUGAGCAUGUCACGUAAUGAUGCGUAGUAUGCUCCUGUAAUGGUUUUUCCUUUUUAAGAUAAUCGAUUUAAAUAACUCCAUGACUAUCCCAAAAAACAGUCACAUAUCAAAAUAGUUUUUGCUUUUUUGGAAACGGUUCCCCCUUUGCAGUCCACUGUUUGGACUAUAUUUUUGUUUCGGGCGUAUAAUGGUGUAUCCAAGUUUCAUCUACAGUAAUUAAUGGACCCCAAAACUCGGAUUUAUUGCACAUAAACUGCGCCAAUAGAGCGUUGGAAAUGUUCAUUCGAACACGUUUUUGUCUAACGUGAGCAGACGUGGCACCCAACGCGCGGACACCUUUCUCAUACCUAAAUAUUGAUUUAACAUGUGACAAACACGUUCUUUUGACACGUUUUUGGACUUCCAGAACAUUAAUCGUCUCCCAAGCCAGGUUUAAACUCAUCUUUGAUUUGCGUGCGCGUAUUGCCUUUCAAUAACAAAUAUUUAAUGAUUUUGUACAUUUUCACAAAAAUACUCACCUCAACUCACUCAAACGACUAUAACAUAACAACUGCGCAUCCAAAAUAGCUGACACUUUGGCGAGUAACUGUCAACAGAUGAACAGCUAAAUUCACUACCUUUUAUUUACGAGUGCCAUCUUCACAUUGAGGUCGGAAACUAUUCAGACCACCCUGGUUAUCUCCAGCGGAUAACAAUAACAAUAAUGACAAUGUUUAUUGGUCUAACUACAGAUUUUUCGAAUAAAUUAUAACGGCAGUGUUCAAUGAACAUAAAGUGUCUAGAAAUAUAUACUUGUGCUUGGGUUUAAACUGAACUUAUGAAUUAAAAAGUAUACAACAAAUUUCUUAGAAGUAUACUAGUUAAAUAUAUAAUAUUGUAACAAUUUAUCAAGUUUGGUAUCUUCGAGCUUAUGAAUUCCACAUCAUGGCCGCAGCGUUGAGCUCCCCAUUCACCUAAACCUGAAUACUGGAGUGAUGUUGAAUCUCCAUAUUUACUGGCCGCCUGACAUAAAGCCAUUUAAAGCGAUUAUGAAUGUCGACCUGUAAAAGAAAGUAAGCGCGCGAUUUUCGUUCGUAUAUAAUGUGCACUAUACCAAUACCACUUACCCGAUAAAUCGACGUUAGAGAGCGCGACGCGUAUAGCUCUGGAAUGUCUCUUAUAAACCACCGGGGAAGAAUAAGUUGUGGCCAACUGUGUAUAUUUCCAAUGAAUGGCUUCCUAAAACACUGGUGUCCUAGUGGUUAAAGAUUUUUAUAAGCAGCAGUAGCGGAACGUAUCCUUUAGAAGGUUAGGGAAUGCUGAAAAUGUUACAGUUUUCCUGUUUUUAAAACGUAGUUGCUAAUUUAACAUUACAUUGAAAAAUGAAAUUGCGAAUACCAAUACUAGCAGUAAUGUAAUUAAUAUCUAGGAAACUAUCCUAAAUGCUUAAGUGGAUAUCAAGACACAAACUUUGAUAAAAACUAAACGCAAAUACAGACAUGUCUUAUUUUAAUUUGAAAUGCCAAACCUAAUUCGAUAUUAAAUUCAGUUUAAAACCUUUAUUUAACACUGGCAUCAAAGGAGAAGCAAAACAACAAUAACUGUAUUUUAUACUGUAACCUCAUUAUUUAUUUGUUUUAUCCCCUUGAGUAUCAUGUUGUAAAUUGAUCUCAGCUUUCCUUAACCUUGUUUUUGGGUAUAAUCAUACAGUGACUGGACUAUAAUGUUAUUGGUUUAUGAAUGACCCAGCCAUGGCACUGCUAGAACAUGUUAAUAAUACUAUGAUUUUAAUUAUUAAUAUAAAACACAUGGAACUUAAUUGAAAGUAGACGCUAAUAUGAAAACAAGAUAUUACUUAUCUCUUCCUCGUAAUUUUAUUUUUCCUCGGUUACUUUAGUAUUUUGCUACUUUUUACUUUCAUUUUGUAAAUCGGGCAAAAGUUACCAAAGUAGUUUGUUCGCACUAUACAAGAUCAAUAUUAUAGAAAUAGUUGAUUUAAGAAUAUAGUUUCUCAAAAUAAUGAAAUGAAACAUAUUCUAGCGGUGCCAUUCUAAGUUUUCACAUAGGUUUAUGUAGAGGAUUUUUUCAAAUGGACAAACAUCCACUCAUUUGGUAAGACAGUACGUUCUAAAAUUCUGAACCGUUUUUUAUUUACUGUAUGGUGUUAUAGAUGAAAAUGUACGACCUAGAACGUUCUAAAUUCUUAGAUACUUAGAUUUUGGCAUUUGAUAAAUAAUUCGGCUUGUUCCGAAGACUUGUCGAAGGUUAUAUAUGAUAUGUAAUUUAAAAUAAGUUAUAUAUAAUAUUGUUCAAUUAGUUAAAUAUAUAAUCUUUCAAAUAAUGAAAAUACUUGUUUUAUUUUGUGAUAAACAAAAUGCUAAAUAUGUGGAUUGUGAAGCACAAAACAUUGUGUACAAAUUGUAUAUAAAUUUUGCGAUAAUAUUGUAUUAUAGAAAUCCUGACACAUAUCAGAUCCAGUAGAACCUAUGUGAAAACAGUUCCCCUAUGUUUUGUGUCUAUAUGUACAAUAAAUUCGUAUUUUGUUAUAUGUAUGUGUACUUUCUAAGUUAUAAUACUCAUUUAUAAGUAUGCGAGUUAUUCCUUAUAUUUUUUACCCUUGUUUGGGAAAAAUGCGAAACAUUCCUAUAACUGCUAAUGUUUCUAAACGAAUUUUUAUUUUUAUUUAUAUUUAUCAAUAAAGGUAUAGUAGAUUGUUUUAA